CACCAAACAAACAAACAAACAAAAAACGGAUAUUAAACAAUUGAAAAGAAUAUCAUUUUUUUUUUUGUUUUUUGAAGUUUACUAAUAACCGUUGUGCCACGACAACCCAUCCAAAGGAAAAUGAAUCGAGUGAGAUAAUACAUGGACUGACUGUUAGACUGCUGCUACUGUAAAGUGUGUGAGCCUAUGGCCGGGCUGUCUCACUUCAAAAUUGGUUGUGUUUUUCUGUCUAGCUGCCUGCCUGGUUGCUCUUCUUCCACUUUAGAGUGCUGCUCUCUUUGUCUCUGCCUGCGCCUGCUGCCAUCGUCAACGCCUCAGAUGGAGUCGAUGAACGUCGGUCUUAGCCUCAAGAAUUUCAAACGAAAUUGCAAGGCAGCAGAUACAAAACACAACUAACAAAUUCAACAUCAACAAAAGUGGCAAACGCGACAAAUUUUUGAAAAAAUCACAGAUUCAAAAAAAUAUUAAAAUUUUUGCAAAAAUUUAAAAAAAAAAAUAUCAACAAACAAUGAAAUUUUUGAAAAAUUCUUAAAAAAUGUUGCUGAGAUUCUUUGCAGAGUUAUAGAAAAAAUCGUUCAAAUGAUAAGAUAACCUUCAAUAUCUCAGCCAUUCAGCAUCACAACGACGCUCACCAAUCACUUACAUUCCAAAACAGCGCACAAUUACAUCCUACCAAGCAUUAGAGGCUUUAGUAGACUUUAUCAUCAGCAUUCUUCGCAAUGGGUAAAGAUCAGGAAUUUUUAGAGGCUGCACGCAAUGGCAAUAUUUCCCACAUCGAAAAAGUACUUAAUGCCAAAGCAAAGAGAGCAGGUCCGCUAGCAAGUCUACGUCGGGGUACGGGGGUCAAUGUUCAAGAUAGUGGAGGAUAUUCAGCACUACAUCAUGCCUGUCUAAAUGGGCACACAGAUAUUGUGCGCUUGCUACUCAGUCAUGAGGCAUCACCAAAUCUACCGGAUAUGCGUGGUUCAUCGCCAUUGCAUUUGGCGGCUUGGGCUGGAGAAGAGGAGAUUGUCAAACUUCUGCUCACACAUCCCUAUAGGCCAGCCAAUCCAGAUUUACAGACCAUAGAGAAAGAAACGCCACUUCACUGUGCUGCACAACAUGGGCAUACGGGGGCGCUUUCCAUUCUACUGGCCCAUGAGGCAGAUCCCAAUAUGCGAAAUACUCGAGGAGAAACUCCCCUGGAUUUGGCAUGUCAAUAUGGUCGCCUGCAGGCAGUGCAAAUAUUGAUACGAGCCCAUCCCGAACUGAUAGCCCCCUAUACCGUACAGGCCACAGAAAACCAAGGAAAUAAUAGAUCCAGACAUUCAUCUCCACUACCAAAUUCGGGCUCAAUGUCCACGCCCUCCCCAUCUUCGCCCUCGGUUCUGUCAUCGCCAGCCACGCCUAUAAGAUGUGUAUUUCCCCACACAUGCCUGCAUUUGGCCAGUCGAAAUGGCCAUAAGCCCGUUGUUGAAGUUCUGCUAAAUUCUGGGGUGAAUGUCAAUCUCCUGACACCCUCAGGAUCGGCACUGCAUGAGGCAGCGCUGUGCGGCAAAGAAACGGUGGUACGAACUCUACUAAAGGCGGGCAUAGAUCUCAAUGCCACCGACUCUGAAGAACGCACAGUUUUGGAUAUUUUAAAAGAAUUUCCGCCGCAUGUCACCAAACACAUUAUCGAUGUGAUCAAUAAUUUCCGCAAUCAAAUGGACACGGAUGAUGGCGAAGAGGUCAUCUAUCGCCAUCAGCAAUCCAGUAACACCACCUUACAACGCAACCACCAUCAGAAGCAGCAACAUAAUAACCAUUAUCACUUCAAUUCGAACAACCAUCUUCUAAAUCAUUCCCUGUCCAUGCAACAGUCUUCGUACAACAAACAGAGAUUUAGUUCCGGUGCAACAUUUAAUGGUGGCGGAAAGUCUUUGGAUAGUGGUUUGCAACUGGAUGAAACAUCUAGUAGUACUGGAACGGGAGGAGGAGGUGGAGGAAAUAGGUUCUAUCACGAUACCUUGAACUCACCGGUACGAAGUCAGUCAAAUACAUCGCAAAACGAAAUGGGCAUAAGUCCAUCCUCAUCUAUGAGCAGUUUUGAACCUUCCUCGGUAUCACCCCGCUCUAGAUGUUCCACAGGUGGCGUUUCCAGUUUUGUUGCCAAUACUCCCAUGUUAAGCAGUUUCGGUCCAGCCGCACCACCCAAGAAACCACCACGUCGCAAUCUUUCUGUCUCACCCACCAACAGUGGCCAGCCCUUCAGUUACACUUCUCCUAAUCACCAGCAGCAGGGUACUCAUGGUCGACGUCAAGCACGCAGUCCCUCCAACGAUAGCCCCUACUCGCACCAGAGUCAUAGCAGUGUGGGUGGUAUGAGUUUUGAUGAGACACAAUUGUCAGAAAGACAAAGAGGUAGUCGCCUAUUUGCCAGUGCUAGAGAGACAACAAGAUCAUCGGCUGGAAUCUCAUUGAGUUCAAGUACUGAUAUGCUGGAAAAACGUCAUCACACGGGAGACAUUGAAAAUCUUGUGCCAAACUCGAAUCAGGAUAUCACCAAUUCAAUGAAGAGGCCAAAACCAGCUCCCAGAAAUCUCAAUAGCGUUACUUCGGAUACAAUAAAAAGUGAUAAUCCUACCUUGAAAUCGUAUAAUCCCAAUCGUAAACUAAAGAGAAAUCGUAAUAGCUAUUCCAUAACUUUGGGUGAUAAUGAUGAUGGCGAGAAUGCGCACAAACCUCAAACACCACAAAGUCCCACAAAUUAUAAGCAACCGCCCACACCUGAUCAUCCUCCACCUUCGUCCAGUCAUGCUGAGAAGGUUAUACAUGAACGGAUUAGACCCCUGAGCCAGGAAUACAAACGUCGUUCGGCCUUGCUGCAAUUGCAGAAACAGCAGCAACUUCUCAUCGAUAUGGCCACCUCGCCACUGAGACAAUUGAAUUCCAAUGCGAAACCCACAUCACAUUACGACUAUGCCUACAUACAACCGAAUGCAGCCAAUCUGGAUGCUAUUUCCUCCAAUAUCUAUUCCACCAUAGGAUCGGGGGCUGCACGCGGUUCAAUGGCUUCCUUAAGUUCCAGCAUAUCGUUAUCCGAUCACAGUGGAUCCACCGAUAAUGUCGAAGAGUUUGUGGGCGAUCAGCCUUUGGCGGGUCUUAUGAAGGGCUCGUCGGCGGCCAUCAACAAUAAGCAGAAGGUAGAACCUGCCUAUGCAACGGUUAACAAAGCUUCUAAAAUAAACCCACCUCAAGUUCAACUACCCCCUCCGCGACCACAACAACAACUGCCUCCGCAAACACAGGUGCCCGUCUAUGCGACCAUACACAAGAAGCGUGGAAUUUCCACCACAGCCCAUAGCAGCAGCACAGAGCAGACGGCGCCAAAGCCUAGGCCUCCCAUACCCGCCAAACCCGUUAUACCAGAGAGAAGACUAUUUAAGACACCCGUACCACAAGUACCCGCCUCGGAGGAGCAACCAUCAAAUCGUGACAGCAUGACAACAAUUGAGACAACGAAUGCACUGGAUUUGGAUCAUGAAAUGACCAACGACUCGGAUGAUUUGUACGAAGAGCUUAACGAACCCAAAACGGUGGUGGAAAACAAUAUACCCAAAACUCCGAAUAGCAGCGCCGCUACGGAAAACAAGGAUGUCACCACUAAGCCAGCUGGAUCAUCCACAAAUGAUAUAUUAAGCCAUCAAAGUUCCAUAAACAGUUCUUCGAAUGAGGAACAAUCACAGACAACGCAGACUUCUUCGCAACCUACCACAGAGAGUUCCAAUGAAGACAGUUCCACGACCAACAAUAACUCAACAUCGACAACCUCGCAUGAGAGCAGCAUUUUGAGUCCCUUCAAUGCCGAGGAGGCCCGCAAGAAAAUUUCAGAGAUUUUGGAAUCCUUUGGCAGCAGCAUCCUAAACUCGGAUAUAUCACCAACCAACGACUUGGAUUUUGAUGACACAGAAGUUCCUGUAGAGCGACAAGAGUUGGUAAGUCGUUUGCGAAGAGCUGGCCUGGGACCCCUAGAGAAGAAGUUAUUGGAUCAGGGCUAUGACAAUUACAAAUUCAUGAAUGGUGUUUUAGAGGAAAGCGACCUGGAAGCCAUGAGCAUUUCCAAAACUGAUGGUGCAAAGUUACUAAGAUUUAUUGCCACAUUACCCAAAGCAGAAUUUCCACCUCAAGUACCGUUGAAGAAUCAACAGGAAAAUAAAUCGAGUGGCGAACUAAAGGGGGUCUCCUCGCUGAAUCAAUGGCUUAAUACCAUUCAAUUGCCUCAGUACAUAGAAUCAUUUAAUAAACAUCUUUACAACACUUUGGAUAGUGUCUGCGGAGUCUGGGAUGUGGAACUGCAAACGGUAUUGGAAAUAAAUAAACUUGGUCAUAGACGACGCAUCCUGCAGUCAAUUGCAUUUAUCAAACAAAUGCGUGAACCCAAGUCCGCAAAAACUCCUUUGGGUGAAAAUAAUGAAACCAAUAAAAUUCCUGCCUCUGGAGGUGGCGGUGGUGGUCAGAGACAAUCGAUAACAUCAUAUCGUAAAAAUAGACCUGCACCCCAACCACCUACCCAGAAAGCAACCCAACAAACUCCCACAUCAACACAAUCAUUGGAGAUUCGUGCACCUUCGGAAUUGCUUUUAGGAUUACCCGAUAAUCUGCGCACAAAAUGGCGUCAUUCGGCGAAUGAUUUGCUCAACGAUCAAAUUAAAUAUGAAGUUUAUUAUUUAGGCUCAACGGUUGUGAAGGAAUUACGCGGCACUGAAUCAACGCGAAAAUCCAUACAAAAAUUGAAACAAGACGCCCAACACACCACUGCUACCAACAUGUUAAUGUCUUCCCAGUCCGAAACCAAUGCUGCCCGUAAUCAAUCAUUUAACAAACAGAAACGCAUACUCGUUGCCCUGGCCAUCUCACAUCACGGUGUCGAAUUUUUGGAUGUGAACACCAAGAACACUAUUUGUGAACAUGAGAUACAGAAUAUAAAUUGUGCUUGUCAAGAUUCCGAUGAUUUAAGACAUUUCGCCUACAUAACUAAGGAGAAUGAUGUCCACUACUGUCACGUGUUCUAUGUCGAAAGUUUGGAUUUGGCCUCAGACAUCAUUUUAACCAUUGGACAAGCAUUUGAGGUGGCCUACCAGUUAGCCCUGCGUGAUGGCAUCUCUUCAACACCCCUGUCAACGCUAAAUCACAGCAUUCUACAGGGCUUGGAUUACUCGAAGCAGACCGCAUCGGCGAGCAAUAGCAAAACUCAAGAAGCGUAAGACGACCAAAACACUACUUUCAAAGACUUUUUAACAGAAUUUGUUUUCAUAAAAAAUAUAACGAACUAAAAACAACUAUUAACAAUAUAACAAAAUAGUCUUAAGACAAUAGACCAAUAGUCGGUGAGUGAUAUUUCUUUUGCUCGCAAAAGAAAAACAAAAGAAAUCAUUAACAAUCGACAGCAAACAAAACGAUUCUAGUCUCUGUAGUAGGGAAAAUGUAAUUCCCAAAGUUUUUUUUCUCAGUUUAGCUAAGGAUGACAGCAAAUACCAUAACAAAUUUCGAAACAAUUAAGCACAACAAAACAACAAAUUUUUUUAUAUAAACUUAUUACAAAUAGAAACAAAAUAAUAAAAAAAAACUCUAAAGAUUUUUUACCGAAGGAAUUUUUUAUGCACAAAUUUUUUACUGGUUUUCCAAAUGCACAAAGUUUACACCAUUUACGAAAUGAAAUGAAAUGAAUUGAAUUGAAUGAAAUGAAAUAAUAUGUAUAUGUAAAUUUAUUGUUAUUUUUAAGUUGAGCUUGAAACAAUCAAAUGAAAUUUUAAGUUUUGCUAUUCCAUUGCCGUAGAGAGAAAUGCAUGAAUUUGGAUGUUUUUUUUUUUUUGGGUUACACCUAAUUCACGAUACCUAAAGUAGAUCAUCAACUUACCAAACUCUCCCCUUUCUCUCUCUCUCUCACUCUCUCCCUUUCUCUUUGUCUCUGUCUCUCCCCAUAUUCUCUUACGACUUUUUUAGAACCUCCACUCAUGUUGACUUCUUUCAUUCGUCAUACCUUAAGAUUUGGACUUUAUUGAGGAAAAUUUUACACAUUCCACCCAAUUGGUGUACUCGGACAUUCACUUAGUCAAAGAACAUUUUUAUUCUCUUAAAGGGUAAGCCGAAUUUUAGUAUUGAUUGAAACUUAUUUCGAAUUAUUUCUAAGCUCUACAUAUUUUAGGGAGUCAUGAAAUCUCUGAUUUUCAUUCUUAGACGACUAAGGUUAGGUUAGGUUGAAAAGAGGGUGUAGUUAUUAAUCCGCCCCAUGCCACUAUGGACAUGCACCCAAGCCAGUAAUCGGUUAGUUGUGCGCUCUAAAAACUAUAAAGUAACCUCUAAAAGGAAAAAUUUAAGUUAGGAAUUCCGUGCUACUUACAAUACAAUAUCAUUAAUUGUUUUCAAUACCACUCCCCUAAGAUGGUUCAUGUCUGGUAUUGUGUCCACGCGAAAGCCGGCCAAUGGCAAAGGAAAUGCUCCAACGUCUCAUCAUCUUCCCCGCAUGCCCUACACAUACUAUCACUUGCCGCACCGAUUUUAAAUAAGUGAGCUCGCAGUUCUAUGUGUCCCGUUAUGAUACCAAUAGCUACACCGACCUCCUUCUUGCUUCCUUUCAGUAAUAGCCUCGUCUUUUCACGAUCUGGAUCCCCCCAUAGGAUUUUACCCGUCCUACCGACCGUUUCGCUGUUCCACAAUGUUGCAUGCGCAUUCGUCGCCCACACCCUUAACUCGGAUUGCGUUCACCCGAAAGGCUUCGGGUUAACCAAGUUUAUUGACAGCAGUCCUCUGGCCUUAACCAGCAAAUCGUCUGCCAUUUCAAUUUCUCUUACUCCGUUAUGGCCCGGUACCCAAACGAUGCGGAUAGUACCAUCCUCAGAAAAGGCGUUAAUCUCCUUCUUACACUGCAAGACUGUUCGUGACCCUACCGUCCUGGUUGUUAUUGCCCUUAUGGCAAUUUUACUGUCGGUAAAGAUGAUCACACUCGACGUCCUCGCGUUAUCAUCACACCACUUCACGCAUUCCGUCAUCGCCCGGAUCUCCGCCUGCAGGACCGUCUUAUGGUCAGACAGUCUAAAACAGAUGUCAGUCCCAGGGUUUCGCAAUGUUAACCCCCAGGCCCACUCUGCCCUCUAGCUUUGUUCCAUCCGUGUAACAUGAUCUUUCAGAUGACAAUACUAGGGUUCCGUCAAUCCAAGACUGUGCCGAUGGCAGCACUGCUUCGCACUCGACUUCAAAGUUCAUCUCGGGUAUCCGAAAUCGAAAAUCUCUUCCCUUCCUUCCAGGUUUCCUAUCGUCGCCUCGAUUAUACCGCGAUGGUAUGAGCUGUUCCCAUUAGAUGUAUUUAUAAAACAUAAACUUCACUAGCCGUGCAUUAUUCUACCCACCACCAUAG